AUGGCGCCCCCUGGUCCCGUGGCGGCCAUCCCCGCUCUCUUCCUGUGGACAAGAGGACGCCCCGACGCCCUCCUCCCUCCCUUGACGAACCCUAGUGCCCCCAUUGCUUUCCCGUUUUUCCCCUCGUCCAGAUCUCCUCCCGAGCGCCUCCGUCGUUGUUCGUCGCCCACCACCGCGGCGACCGCCGCCCCGUUCCUCUCUGUCAGGUCAGGAGGCUCCGUCGAGCUCGUGCUCGUCUCCUACGCCAAGCUUAUGGAGCCGGGGAUCCAUCCGGAAAUAAGGUCUACCCCUCGACCAAGGGUUGUACCCACAUCUGGUCCAAGAGCUGGUGCAUCAACUGGUGCAAGAGUUGCUGCUCCAACUUCUAGUCCAAGAGUUGUAGUUGCCUCAUCUGGUGCAAGAGGUGCUACUGCUGCAUCAUCUGCUCCCAAAGAUGGUACUGCUGCCUCAUCUAGUGCAAGAGGUGCUGUUGCAACAUCUGCUCCAAGAGCUACUACUGCUGCCUCAUCUGGUCCAAGAGCUACUGCUGCCUCAUCUGCUGCAAGAGCUAAAUCAACUACUGCAUCAAGAGCAGGAUCCACUGCACCAAGAUCUUCAUCAAAAGCCAAAACUACAGCUAGGUCUUCAUUUGCUCCUCCAAGGCCUGCUAGUACUGGUGCAUCUGGUUCUACAAGAGGUGCUACUGCUGCAUCAUUUGCUCCCAGAGAUGGUACUGUUGCCUCAUCUAGAGUGCAAGAGGUGCUGCUGCUGCAACAUCUGCUCCAAGAGCUUCUAUUGCUGCCUCAUCUGGUCCAAGAGCUGCUGCUGCCUCAUCUUCUACAAGAGCUAAAUCAACUACUGCUUCAAGAGCAGGAUCCAGUGCACCAAGAUCUUCAUCAAAAGCCAAAACUACAGCUAGGUCUUCACUUGCUCCUCCAAGGCCUGCUACUACUGGUGCAUUUGGUUCUACAAGGGUGA